AUGAGUGCGGUUCCGUCCGUUUCCAACCAAUCAAAUGGAUCUGUCAAGCCUGAUUUCUCAAAUGUCCCGGUGGCUUCGCUGGAGUCGCUAAGACUUAGACUCACACAACUCACACACUCACUGGCAAAGUUGAGUGAUGCAAUGCAGCAGUCACAGUCGCUGCCGCACUGGUCUUCGCUUCAAAACCAGUUCAAUGUGAUAUUAUCGCAGUUGACAUCGCUGUCGCGAACCUUGGAUUCAAAUUACGAGGUUUUGCGUGGAACAAACGUUUUUCCCACGGUGGACUUUCCCACCACUCAGCAAGAAGGUCUGCUAACCACUCUUUUGCGGAAGAAACCUUUGCCAGACGUGAGCGACUGGAUCAACGAUAGCUACUCUCGUUCAGAAGCUUCAGAUGUAAGGAAAGACGACGAGUUCUCGUCGUGGUGUAUUGGUGUUUCGGAAGAGGCCAUGAAGGGCUACACGUUUGAAGGUUAUCUAACUCAGAAGGAAAUAGAUGAUGGGGUGGAGCUGGGCCCCGAAUUUGCGCACGAGGACUCGGAAGAAAAUUCUGGACCGGUUCCAGGUCUUGGCCUUAGCCAGAUGCUGCGUUUUGUCUACCAGGGAGCUGAUUGGCAAACAUGA